AUGCUGGGUUUUGCAGCCGCUCCCACCGCUGCUACUUCCGCCGCCUCCGCUGUUACUUCACUUGCCAACGCCGCGCACUCUAACAUCUUCUCCUCCGCCUUUUUUUCUCUCGAUUCUAUUUCCGGAACUUUCUCUCCCUUCAAUCAACCGGUGUCAGCGACGUCGUCGAAGUUAACUUCCUAUCGAGUUAAAGCCAUGGCCGAUACUCUUUCGACUCCGAAGCUCGAUUCCAAGUCCUCUGUUGCUGGGAGGAGGCAAGCGUUGAUUUCACUGUCAGACAAGAACGACUUAGCGUUGCUUGGACGUGGACUACAGGAUUUGGGAUUCACUAUUGUUUCCACUGGAGGAACAGCAUCUGCUCUGGAAUCUUCUGGAGUGUCCGUGACCAAAGUUGAAGAGCUUACUAGUUUCCCCGAAAUGUUUAUUGGCAUCAGAAGACGUCCUUCUGCUUUCUUUUUUAAACCUAGAGCGUAUUCUCUGUCCAAUGACGUAUAUUGGAUAAACACUAAAGCUAGUGGCCAAAUAUCAGUUUAUGAUGUUGAGAAGGAUGUUUUGUAUGUGUGUGUGUAUAAAUUAAGAGACAUUGUCAUGAAUCAGCAAACCACUCACUCAGGGAUGACUGUGCAGAGCAAGGUGUCCUCUUCAAGCAAAAUCUCUUUCGAGGAUGGAAUUGAGAACAUUGAUAUUGGUGGCCCUGCCAUGAUUAGAGCUGCUGCCAAGCUUCCUACCAAUGCCUAUAUAGAAAAUGAGCUAUUUUGCUGGUUCAUUUCAGAAUGGUUGUGGAAGCAGACCGGGGAAGAUAAAUUUCCUCCAAGCCUCACGGUGCCUCUAUCCCUCAAGAGUUCACUUCGUUAUGGUGAAAACCCUCAUCAAAAGGCUGCAUUUUACGUAGACAGGUCUCUUUCUGAGGUUAAUGCUGGUGGUAUUGCAACUGCUAUUCAACACCAUGGAAAGGAGAUGUCAUAUAAUAAUUAUUUAGAUGCUGAUGCAGCUUGGAACUGUGUUUGUGAGUUUAGUAAGCCAACAUGCGUGAUUGUGAAGCACACAAAUCCUUGUGGAGUAGCAUCACGUGAAAAUAUUAUUGAAGCAUACAGGUUAGCUGUGAGAGCUGAUCCAGUUAGUGCUUUUGGUGGUAUAGUUGCAUUCAAUGUUGAAGUUGAUGAGGCUAUUGCAAAGGACAUUCGAGAAUUUAGGAGUCCAACUGAUGGUGAAACUCGGAUGUUUUAUGAAAUUGUUGUUGCACCUAAGUACUCUAAGAGGGGGCUCGAGAUUCUCCGAGGAAAGUCGAAGACUUUGAGAAUCCUCGAGGCAACUAAAAAUAGUAAAGGAAAACUCUCCCUCAGACAAGUUGGUGGGGGUUGGUUAGCUCAGGAUGCAGAUGAUCUAACCCCAGAAGAUAUCCAGUUUAAUGUUGUUUCCAGUAAGGCUCCACAAGAAAGCGAGCUUAGUGAUGCACAAUUUGCAUGGCUGUGUGUAAAGCAUGUGAAGAGCAAUGCUAUUGUUAUUGCAAAGAAUAAUUGUAUGCUAGGUAUGGGAAGUGGGCAACCGAACCGUCUUGAGAGUUUGAGGAUAGCAUUGAGGAAAGCAGGGAAUGAAGUCAAGGGAGCUGCUUUGGCCAGUGAUGCUUUCUUUCCAUUUGGUAAUUACUGUCCUCCAAAACAGAAAAUAUGA